AGGCGAGCGGUGAGCGGUUGGCUCGAGCCCCGGAGCAGCGCGUCCGGCGCUUCGCCUCUCUCCCGAGUCCCCCCCCCGGCAGGUUUCGCGCGUCCGCCCGCCCGCCAUGGCUUCCCUCGGCUCCCAGGGCGGCGGCGCUAAGAAGGAGGAGAAGGGCAAGAACAUCCAGGUGGUGGUUCGGUGCAGGCCUUUUAAUGCCUCAGAACGCAAAGCAAGCUCCUAUGCUGUUGUAGACUGUGACCAAGCAAGAAAGGAAGUCAGUGUCCGCACCGGAGGAGUGACCGAUAAGACGUCAAGGAAGACUUACACGUUUGAUAUGGUUUUUGGAGCUCAGGCAAAGCAGAUUGAUGUAUACCGGAGCGUGGUGUGUCCCAUUUUGGAUGAAGUUAUUAUGGGCUACAACUGUACAGUGUUUGCUUAUGGCCAAACUGGUACUGGCAAGACCUUCACGAUGGAAGGAGAGCGGUCACCCAAUGAGGAAUAUACUUGGGAAGAGGAUCCACUAGCAGGUAUAAUACCCCGUACACUGCAUCAAAUAUUUGAAAAACUCACAGAGAAUGGUACUGAAUUUUCAGUCAAAGUCUCUCUUCUGGAAAUCUAUAAUGAGGAGCUUUUUGAUCUUCUGAAUCCUACUCCUGAUGUUGGAGAAAGACUACAGAUGUUUGAUGACCCUCGAAACAAGAGGGGUGUAAUUAUUAAAGGCUUGGAAGAAGUAACUGUACACAACAAAAAUGAAGUCUACCAAAUCCUGGAAAGGGGUGCAGCAAAAAGAACAACUGCAGCUACUUACUUGAAUGCAUAUUCAAGCCGUUCCCACUCUGUGUUUUCGAUUACCAUCCAUAUGAAAGAAACAACAGUAGAUGGAGAAGAACUUGUUAAGAUUGGGAAGCUAAACUUGGUUGAUCUUGCAGGAAGUGAAAACAUUGGUCGGUCUGGGGCAGUUGACAAAAGAGCUCGUGAAGCUGGAAAUAUCAAUCAGUCUCUCCUGACACUAGGGAGAGUUAUUACUGCUCUAGUAGAAAGAGCCCCACACAUUCCAUACAGGGAAUCUAAACUCACAAGAAUCCUUCAAGACUCUCUUGGAGGACGAACGAAAACAUCAAUAAUUGCCACAGUUUCUCCUGCAUCUAUAAAUCUUGAGGAAACACUGAGUACACUGGAGUAUGCCCAUAGAGCAAAGAACAUAAUGAACAAGCCUGAAGUUAAUCAGAAGCUAACAAAAAAAGCUCUUAUUAAGGAAUACACUGAAGAGAUUGAGCGCCUGAAGCGAGACCUUGCUGCUGCACGAGAAAAAAAUGGAGUCUAUAUUUCCCUUGAAAAUUAUGAAGCCCUUAAUGGGAAAUUGACAGUUCAGGAAGAACAAAUUGCAGAGUAUAUUGACAAAAUCAGCAUCAUGGAGGAAGAAAUGAAAAGGAUCACUGAACUAUUCACAGUUAGUAAAAAUGAACUUGAACAGUGUAAAACAGAUCUGCAAAUGAAGGAGAAAGAACUGGAAGAAACACAGAAAGAUCUGCACGAAACCAAGGUUCAUCUGGCUGAAGAAGAAUAUGUGGUUUCAGCUUUGGAAAACACUGAACAAAAACUUCAUGGCACGGCUAGCAAGUUACUUAGUACAGUUGAAGAAACCACAAAAGAUGUGUCUGGUCUGCAUGCGAAACUGGACCGUAAGAAGGCUGUUGAUCAACACAAUGCUGUCGUCCAAAACAGAUUUGCAGGACAAAUGAAUGUUUUGUUCAACAAAAUACAAGAUUCGGUUAGUGAAAACAGUUUGAAGCAGCAACAGAUGUUGACAUCUUACACAAAUUUUAUAGGUGACCUUCUGUCUACCAGUUCUUCAGCAGCUAAUAUUCUUGCAUCAGCUGUAGCAGCAUCUUUUGCCUCUGUUAAAGAAUUGGUGUCUGCUGAAGUUUCUCGCAUGUCUGAAAAAAUAGCAGAACAUGAGAAUCUGUCACUUGGUUGUAAAGCUGAGCUGCUGGAAUUAAUUGAGGAACAUACAUCUGGAUUAGGAAGAGCUUUAAAUAGCUUGACACCAAUGGUAGAAUUUGUCUUGGGGCUAAACUGUCAGUUUCAGAGUAACAUGAAGAAAUAUUCUAGUGUGGCUGACAAGAUGGAAGAUCAUAAAAGGGAAAUGGAUGCCUUCUUUGGAGAUCUUUCUCUCACUCUGAAAAAAUUACAGGAAGAAACAACCAGUGCUUUUGCUCAGCUUCAGAAUGAUUGCGAGAACUUAAAAGAAGAAGUGGAAGUGACGAGGUUGGCACAUACAAAGAGUGCAGCUGGAUUAAUGUCGUUGCUGCAAAGCCAGCUUGAGCUGUUUGCUCAGGAGACUCAGAAGAACUUAACCAACGUACUUGCAAAAAAUGGAAGUGUGAAGACCACCAUUGCUGCUGUGCAAGAAGAUGUUCACUUGAAAACUACAAAGCUAGUCAGCAGUACAACUUCCAAUCACAGCAAAUUUAUUGCAUCUCUGGAUAAUUUCUCUCAAGAGCUCAGAAUCAUAAAUAAUGAAAACAAAAUGAUGCUGGAAGAAUCCACUGACCACUGUCAACAACUUCUCAGCAAUCUCAAAAAUGUGUCUCUGGAUACUGAUAAAUGGGGUGAAUUUACAAGUGCUCAGGUGGUUAACUUUGCUGAUCGGCAGCUGUCGUCUUUCACUGAUGACAAAGAGCAACUUCGGUGUUUACAAAAGGAAAAUGAAGAAAACUGCAAUAAAGCAGUAGCUGAAAUUGCUGACCAUAUUGGUAGACAAAAGGCUGCUGAGGAGAAGGUACUAAAUGGCCUUCUUGAUCAGAUAAAGGUUGAUCAGGAGAUAGGUCUGGAGCAGAAGCUGGCACUUAAUGACGAAGCACAGCAUGGACUGACUCAGGUUAAUGCUUUCCUGCAAGAGGACCUUAAAGUGGAUACUCCAACAGGGACAACUCCACAGAGAAGAGACUACUUCUAUCCAGUCACGCUUGUGAGAACAGAACCCCGGGAACUUCUACUAGAGCAAUUAAGGCAAAACCAAUCAAAGCUCAAUAAUAUGCUAAACGGUGUGACAGGGGAGGUGGAAGAGGAUGCAGAUCAGGACCUGUUGGAAGAUGAGGAAGUGCUGCGAGGAUCCUGUGAAAGCCUUGCUAGUGACAAAUCCUUCAUGGAUGCAAACGUAUGCUGCCACACAAAUGGUGGCAUUCCCUUUUUCCAGCACAAACGGAAUCACAAAAAGGAUAAAGAGAACAGAUCUGCAGCUACAGUGGAGAAGAACAAAAUAGAGGAUAUGACAGAACAGUUUCUUCCCAAAUCUAAGCCUCCUUUGAGAUCACUGAACUAAGAUGUACCCACUGCAGAUCCUUGUUUAGAAAUACUUGUCUCAUUGUCUACUGAGCCAUGGCUUUCACUGGUUAUUCUUGGUCUUCGUAUAUACUGAUAUAUUGAUGGGAGGUUGGAUCAAAAGAUUGGCCUGCCGGAUGUCCUGCCUUUGUCCCAUUCUCAUAUGCUAUAGCUUGCAAAGUGUUAACAGACUUUUUUAAAAAAAUACAAAACAAAACCCUGCAGAUUAUGGUGCUGUAUGUUAAAUAGAUUUUUAUGUUGUCAAGUAAGAGAUCCUUUUCUGUUUCUCAGUAAAUUUAGAACAGAGCAGAAAGGGAUGUGGAAAAAUGCUUUGUCAGCAUUACCAGCUACCAUUUUAUUUUUUAAUUAACUGUAAAUAAGUGUUCUGGUUUUGUACCUGCUUUUUAGUCUGAUUCCUGUUUCUAUGAAGUAGAUAGCUCUCUUUUGACUGGGAUACCUCCAAUAAAUCAUUGAUUAUGUGGGAGAAAAAACUGUAUAAGGACCUCCUUUGGAGCAGGACAAGCUCACGUGACUUUCAUCUUGUAUUUCCAGGUUUAAUUUAGCUAAAACAUUAGUAGCUAUGUCAUAAGUCUUGUGCUGUCAGAAAAGGAUUGUUUCUUCCCUUAUUUCAUAACAGACAAUUGCUUUAUUUUGGUGCCUCUUCAGUACAUGAAAGCUAGCCUCACUGCUGGGUUUUGGGUUGUUGGCUUGUUUUUGUUUUGAACCCCGCUGUUCUAUCUUCCUCUUGACUUGCAGCUGUGAUAUCUUGCCUUGGAUAUGAUUUUGUCAACCACAGCUGACGUAUUAUAAACUGGCAGCGUUUCUUUUGAGAUGUAGAUACUUGACAUUAAAACAUGCAAACCUGGUUACAAAUCCA